AUGGCCAGCGCUUGCAAUAGCCAGCCUAACGGUCAGGACGGCCGGAACCGCUUGGGUGGCUCGACCGCCGAACCGAACGGCGGGUCGUUCGAGGUGCUGCUACCGAACUGCGUUGCACACGAGCAGGAGCUGGCCAGCGGCAAUCGGUGGCCAUCGAAUGCGCCGCUCAGGACGAUACAUUCGAGUCCCGUUGGAAAGGUCUGUGGUCGCCAGGACGCGGCAUUCGAGUACCCAACGUCGCUAGUUGAAGGCGGCGGGGGUGCCGUUUCGGAGAAAUGUUACCAGCAUCUCGAUACAAGCCAGCAACAUCAAGCAUUGAUGCGACACAGCACGGACAAUUUGAAGUCUAUUAAUAACGACCAAAGAACCGGGUCUGAGCGUACCAACGGUCACGGAGGCUCUACCGAGUACUUCGCUGGUUUCGAUGUGGCUGCAGUGGGUGUUGGUGACGUUGUCAAUCACGGCAAGGUGAAAUACUUCAGCGCUCGCACGGCCGCCGCAGGUCCGGAGAAAAGCAGCAUGCCCCGUAUGGAACCGUCGCCUUCGCAAGACAGUACGGCGUCGCCGGGAUCCGUCGCUCCUCCUUCUCUGGCAGUGGAGAUAGUUAUCGGAACGGAACUCCAUGCCAACGGUUGCUAUCCGAUGGCGGCGAACGAUGGCCCAGUAUCGGCCAGUCCAAAAGAUACGGAAUUCCGUGACAAGCUGCCAACGCUCGAGGACAUCAUGGAGAGUCCAUUGUUGAAGACACCGGUGGAGAAGUGGUUGCAGACGGAGGAUAGACUAUCGCGCGAAGAAGUGAUCGUAUCCCACGUCGGCGAAGAGCACAGUCGAAGCAAUCUUUUUGGACCGAAGAUCAGCGCCCACGAAAACAUUCCCGGCACGCCGAUGGACACGCCGGACAUCGUGUCGGAGUUCAAUAAGAGUUUUAACUCGAGCACAACCAGCAUCAUCAACGAAAGGCGCCGCUCAUCGACGAAACUGCUCGGGUUGGGAGGUUCCGAUCGUGACACCAUGACCGUGGUUGGCGCGUCGGGUGUGCCAAGCAUCCCGACGAACGAUGGAACCGGAACUACUGCCGAUGGGGCUGGCUGUGGUAAUGCUUUGGGCGAAAAAAAUAAUUCCAUCGGAAAAGCCAGCCUGCGCCACAUACUGAAGCUACGCAAAACUUCCGAUCGGUCCCAGGAUACUCGCCGCUCGAGCCAGCAGGACAAAGAGGGUUUGGACCCCGAGUCGCUCAUGUUUCGUGACGGUAGGCGAAAAAUCGACAUGAUCCUGUGCUACGAAGAGGAAGACCACGGCGUGAUGACCGAAGAGGAAGCCCUAAAGCGCCACCAGCGAAAACUGUUUCACGAAAACCUCGUUCGGGAAGGACUGGAAAUCGAGUUGGAAGACAAAACUCAAGCAUUCGACGGUAAAACCUACUUUGUGAAGAUUCACAUACCUUGGCGAACGGAGUCACGCUACGCGGAGGUGAUGAACCUUAAGCUGCCCGUAAAACGGUUCAUCACAAUCAGCGUGAAGGAAGAGGAAACAGCUCUGCGCCGUCAGCAGAACAAGAUCAUGAGCUACUGGUACCGACUGGUGUCGCUCACCGAGUACAACCAUGGGCGAAUCGAAAAGGAACCUUCGUUCUACUCGGCUACAGCCAGCGGCAAUCCCGAGGAGCAGUUCAUCGUAAAAGACCGUUGCACGUCCUACACGAGUGCACAGCGCAGUCUGGUCGUUAUGCAGAUUCUGAUGAGGACGCGUUUCGAUGAAACGGAAAAGAUGAACAACAUGGGCAUUAGGCGGCUACUGAACGACGGUACAUAUCUGGCUUGCUUUCCGUUGCACGAGGGACGCUACGAUAGGAACCACUCGUCGGGAGCACUGUUCGAUCGUCGGUUGCUCUACCUCGAAUGGGCCCGCCCCAUCAAGUGGUACAAAAAGCAACCACUGUGUCUCGUUCGGAAGUACUUUGGCGACAAGAUUGGACUCUACUUCUGCUGGCUCGGGUUCUACACGAAGAUGCUAUACGCACCGGCGAUCGUUGGGUUGUUCUGCUUUCUCUACGGUCUUGCGUCGAUGGAUUCGACCGACAACAUUCCGACGAAGGAAAUCUGCGACUUGAACGGGCCGGGUAAAAUUGUCUUGUGUCCGUUGUGCGAUCAAGCCUGCAGCUACCAGGAGUUGCACGACUCAUGUUUCUUCGCCCAGCUGACCUAUCUCUUCGACAAUCCGUCGACCGUGUUCUUCGCCAUAUUUAUGUCGUUCUGGGCCACAACCUUUCUGGAACUGUGGAAGCGCAAGCAAUCCGUGCUGGUAUGGGAAUGGGACUUGCAAAACAUCGAAAACGAGGAGGACAUGAGACCGGAGUUCGAAACAACCGUGAAAACAUUCCGCACCAAUCCCGUUACACGCGAGAAAGAACCCUACAUGCCCACGUGGACCAGGGCCCUACGGUUUAUGGUGACCUCUAGUGCCGUUCUGUUUAUGAUUUCUAUUGUACUGGGUGCCGUUCUCGGGACCAUCAUUUACCGCGUUUCUCUGGUCUCAGUAAUUUACAGCGGUGGAGGGUCAUUCUUUCGAAAACACUCAAAGCUGUUUACCACCAUGACUGCUGCAUUGAUCAAUCUUAUCAUAAUCAUGAUUCUAACACGAAUUUACCACAAGCUGGCCCUAUACCUGACGAACAUGGAAAAUCCACGAACGCAAACGGAAUAUGAGGAUUCGUAUACCGUGAAAAUAUUCGUGUUUGAAUUUAUGAACUUCUAUAGCUCCCUGAUAUACAUAGCGUUCUUCAAGGGCCGCUUCUACGACUAUCCCGGGGACGAUGUAGCCCGCAAAAGUGAAUUCUUGCGACUCAAGGGCGAUAUCUGUGAUCCGGCCGGCUGCCUCAGUGAACUCUGUAUUCAAUUAGCCAUUAUUAUGGUGGGGAAGCAGUGUUGGAACAACUUCAUGGAAUAUUUUUUCCCUGCAUUCUACAACUGGUGGCGCCAGCGGAAACACAAGCAGCUCACGAAAGACGAGACCCAUUUGCAUAUGGCUUGGGAGCAGGACUACCAUCUGCAGGAUCCGGGAAGACUCGCCUUAUUUGAUGAAUACCUAGAAAUGAUUGUGCAGUACGGAUUCGUAACGUUGUUCGUCGCUGCUUUCCCUUUGGCGCCAUUAUUCGCUCUGCUCAACAACAUUGCCGAAAUCAGACUGGACGCGUACAAAAUGGUUACACAAUCGAGGCGACCGCUCGCAGAACGCGUUGAAGACAUUGGUGCAUGGUACGGAAUUUUGAAGAUCAUAACCUACACAGCUGUCGUAUCAAACGCAUUUGUGAUUGCCUAUACGAGUGACUUCAUUCCGCGGAUGGUCUACAAGUACGUCUACUCUCCUCAUUUUUCUCUGCACGGUUACAUUGAACAUUCACUUUCGACUUUCAAUACAUCCGACUACAAAGAGGAAUGGGGUACGAAAACUGAAUCGGAUCCGGAUACCUGUAAAUAUCGCGGCUAUCGAAAUGGGCCGGAUGCCAGUGAACAGUACGGACUGAGUCCACACUAUUGGCACGUGUUUGCCGCACGAUUGGCUUUCGUUGUCAUUUUCGAGCACAUCGUGUUCGUCCUGACCGGCAUCAUGCAGUUCAUAAUUCCAGAUAUUCCAAUCGAGGUGAAAACACAGAUGCAGCGCGAACAACUUCUAGCCAAAGAGGCAAAGUAUCAGCACGGAUUGAAGAAAUCGCGCGAAACGGACUACGAAGAAAUUCUGCACACAUUACGGGAGCAAAGCAACAAUAGCAGGCAAGGUAUGCGCGGCAGUUGGGCACGCCGUCUUAGUCGGCUUAGUGAUGGACUUGACGCACAUGUAGACGUUCCGAACCGCCCAAGACAAUCGUUAGAGUCAACGGUGUGGGAAGUUACCUAGCAUUAGCUGAACAGUGGAGUGUGUUUGGUCAAAGAAACAUCAAACUCCCUGUUUUGCCACUACUUUU